AUGGGUCAUCAUUGCUGCAGCAAACAGAAAGUCAAGAGAGGGCUAUGGUCCCCUGAAGAAGAUGAGAAGCUAAUCAGAUACAUCACAACUAAUGGCCAUGGUUGUUGGAGCUCUGUUCCAAAACUAGCAGGCUUGCAGAGGUGUGGAAAGAGUUGCAGAUUAAGAUGGAUAAACUACCUGAGACCGGAUCUCAAAAGGGGUUCUUUUUCUGCACAAGAAGAAAGAACGAUCAUUGAUGUUCAUAGAAUUGUAGGCAACAAAUGGGCUCAGAUAGCCAAGUAUUUGCCAGGUAGAACUGACAAUGAGGUGAAGAACUUUUGGAACUCAUGCAUCAAGAAAAAGCUUAUUGCACAAGGGUUAGAUCCCAACACUCACCAUCUCCUCCUUCCUAUUGACCAGAUUAACAAUAACAAUAACAACACCAACGCAUGCACUCUCUCACAUAUCCAUCAACAACCCACUGCUUUAGUAUUUUCUUCAAAUACACAGAUGAUCAAAGAUGCUAAAAUGGACAUGAAAUCUCCUUUUCUGACAUUACCUCCACUUCCUCCUCCUCCUGACACUAGUAAUUCUAUCCAUCCUCCCUCAUUGCACGGAAUCUCAGCCAUCCCUCCCUUUGAAUUCCUAAACCCUAACUAUGUUUGGAUGACAACUGUUAGCGAUCAAAACCAGCAUGCUGUGAUGGAGUUGGUGAACCGAUCCUCAAUGGGUCGAAGUACUCCAAUCGGGCCUUAUCAGAUAAAUCCAUCUGGGUUUGAGGUCCUGGAAGAGAAUUAUAUGCGGGACACCAUAGCCAGCCUUGAACCCAGAAAGCAAUUAGAAGGAGUGCAACAGCAGCAGGAGGAGGACAAGGUUUGUGAAGGGAAAGCAGAUAAUUCCAAGGAAUUGAGAAAUGGUGAGAACAUAGACAAUUCAUUUGACAGCUGUAGCUUUGAUCUUGAGUUGGAGUACUCGGGGCUCUUGCCUUGUGGGACUGGAAUGUAUUGUAGCAGUACUAGUUCAAGUUGUAUCGAUCAACUUACAUGGGGGGAUUGUUAG